AUGAUUGCACUUAGCCUUGUAGCAAUGUGCCUUCAGGGAUGUGAAUCGUUCGAAGCCUUGAGCCCAGCACAUGUGUUUUCAUUCAUCGUGAGCUUCAUGUGCAUCCUAUUUGGAAUAUGGCUAUGUGUGAAUUGCAGAGCUGUGAGUUCCUGGAUGUGCGGACUUUUCUUUGGAGCGAAAGAUGUGAUCACGAAAGAUAACUAUGUGCAGACAGAAGGGGAAUUCUUUUCAGAGCCGGAAUUGACCCGACACGUUGAAUUGGCUUUGCAAAUGCAAGACGCUCUCAGAGGACACAACAGUGAAUCUGAUGAUGGAGUGGGAAGUACUAUCUCACAAUCCGAAGAUCCUGAUCGAUUUGUGCGUGAAAACUAUCCAGCUUUUCCCACUUUGGGUGAUGCUACAGAGAUCAUGCCUGAAGCGCCAGGUGUGAUGUGGGUGACAUUGCAAGGAGCUUUUGAUGGUGGACAUCGAGAUCGCUAUCGAUGCUUCUGCGAAGGGUUUUCUCAUUUGGCUCAAUCCGGUGAGAGCUACUUCGAGCUACGUGGACAAACUUUGCUUUCUUUCACCAAUCCAGUCGUUGGAUCACAAAGAGAGAUUGCAAAUAUUCCUCGAUCCUCAGUACGUGGUGUUGCUGAUGAUACAGAUGCAAUCGAUCCUGUGUCAGAAGCCGAUGAAGAGGAUGCUGAGAAUCAGGCAAGUUUGAGAAGACGCUUUCCUUCAACUUCAGCUGCUGCACCUAGUUCUUCGAAUGGUGUACCAGAUCAUUGGUUGGAGGAACGACUUUUGUUGGCGAGUCGACGAGCUAGAGCCCUUCCAGGAGAUGAGCCAGAUUCAAGUGACGAUGAUGCUUUGAUGUACACGCCGUGA